AUGUCCAAUGUCAUGUUCACCAACGCCGUCUACUUCCCCAACUACAGAAUAUACCAGGGCGACACACCGGGGAUGCUCAACUACAGUUGCAUCAACCAUGUUUACUAUGCGUAUGCCAGUGUUUCAGCCGAUGGUGGUGUUUUUUUAAGUGAUGAAUGGGCGGAUGCUGGAGCGCCUGUCGACGGUGUACAAGGCGGGCUGGGCUCCCUGAUGCAUCUCAAACAGAAGCAUCCUCACCUUAGAGUGGUUUUGUCUGUUGGAGGCGGCAAUUCGUCAGAGGUUUUCCCCCUAGUGGCCUCUAACACGCUGCUGCGUGACAACUUUGCCCGGUCCGCGAGGGGCCUCGUUGAAGCCUCUGGCCUGGAUGGAAUCGACAUUGCCUGGGAAUACCCGUGCGAUGCGCAGCAAGGCUACGACUUUCUUGCGCUGCUGGCGGCCAUCCGUAUUCAUCUCCCUGAGGAGCACUACAUUCUCACGGCGGCGCUGCCCGCCAACAAGGCCAUCCUGCAGUUUCUCGACCUGAAGCUGGUGACCGAGUACCUGGAUUUCAUCAACCUGAUGGCGUACGAUUUCUUUGGCAGCUGGACACCAAAGGCAGGCCACCACUCACAACUGUACGCCAUGAACAAGGAGGAGACCUCAGGAUCAGCGGGGGUUUCAUAUCUCAUGUCCAAAGGGUUCCCGCCAAAGAAGAUCCUGCUGGGCAUCCCAACAUUUGGGCGAAGCUUUCUCCACUGCUCGGGGGCUGGGCACAAGUUCAAGGGCGUCGGAGGCGCUGAGGAUGGCACCUUUGAGUACAACCAGCUCCCACGCAAGGGCUGCAAGGAGGUUGUCGACAAGCGCCAUGUGGCAGCGCAGUGCGUGGGCGCAGACGGUGGAUUCGUGACGUACGACAACCCAGACACGGUCAAGAUCAAGGCUGGAUUUUGCAAGCAAAAGGGACUAGGGGGUCUCUUUUACUGGAACGGCCCGGCCGACGCCAAAGAAAAGUCGAGAAGCCUAAUUGCGGCUGGCUUCCGCGCCUUGCACUCUUCGUGA